AUGGAGAGUUACUUAAAGAAAUGGUGUGUAGUGUUUGUGCUGUUGAGCUUAGGGUUUAGUGUGGUAAAAUCACAACCUCAAGCUCAAGUUCCAUGUUACUUCAUUUUUGGUGACUCUUUGGUCGACAAUGGAAACAACAACGGUCUCGUUUCUUUUGCAAGAGCCAAUUACUUUCCUUACGGCAUCGAUUUUGGGGGCCCCACCGGCCGUUUCUGCAACGGCAAAACCACCGUUGACGAGAUCGCUGAGCUACUUGGAUUUAGAGGCAACAUUCCUGCGUAUAGUGAUGUAAGAGGCCAGCAGAUACUUCAAGGAGUUAACUACGCAUCUGCCGCUGCUGGAAUCCGAGAAGAAACCGGUCGACAAUUGGGACAAAGGAUAAGCUUUAGUGGGCAAGUUAGGAACUACCAGAGCACUGUACAGCAAGUUGUGAAUCUGUUAGGAGAUGAGACUCGUGCAGCUGAUUACCUCAAGAGAUGCAUUUACUCUGUUGGCUUAGGAAGCAACGACUAUCUCAACAACUAUUUCAUGCCUAACUUCUACUCUUCUAGCAGACAGUUCACACCUGAACAAUACGCUGACGAUCUCAUCAGUCGAUACAGAACUCAGCUUGACGCACUAUACAACUAUGGGGCUCGAAAGUUUUCACUGAUCGGAGUUGGAGCAAUCGGUUGUAGUCCUAACGCGCUCGCGAGAAGUGGUGACGGAAGGACUUGCAAUGCCCAAAUCAACUCAGCGAACCAAAUCUUCAACAGCAAGCUCAGAUCUCUGGUUGAUCAGCUCAACAACAACCACCGUGAUGCAAAGUUCAUCUACAUCAAUGCUUAUGACAUUUUCCAGGACAUGAUCAGAAACCCCAGUAACUUUGGGUUUACGGUGACGAACGCCGGAUGUUGCGGUAUCGGGAGGAACGCUGGCCAAAUCACAUGUUUACCGGGACAAAGACCGUGUAGAAACCGAAACGCGUAUGUGUUCUGGGACGCGUUUCACCCGACCGAAGCCGCAAACGUGGUUAUCGCAAGAAGAUCGUUCAACGCGCAAUCGCCUAACGACGCUUACCCUAUGGAUAUCUCAGCGCUCGCACGUCUUUGA